AGCGAAUGGCAACUUGAUUAGCAAAGAAAGAGCUAUUUUGUGAAGGGAAGGCAAGGUUGGUGCGCGGCGAGGGUCUUGCCUGCUGGGGGUUGUGGCUGGUUGCAGGGUUUCUGGAACAAAAGAGCCGUGUCAUCCCCCCUUCCGUCCUCUCGUACCCCCCUCCCCCCUCCCUGUGUCUUCCCCUGUGUGUUGGUGACCCCGCAACCCCACCCGCUCCCGUUUGAACCCUUGUGUCGUGUCGUUACUCUGACCCAAAGCCGCCCUCUCACCCCAUGCUUGGGACAAAGCCAACCCACUGCCAGCCCAAUGACUGCCUGGAUCGUCCUGCCUGUCAGCCUGUCUGUCUUCUCCAUCACAGGAAUAUGGAUAGUAUAUGCCAUGGCUGUGAUGAAUCACCAUGUUUGUCCCGUGGAAAACUGGUCCUACAACGUGACCUGCACAGAAGAGCUGCUCCGCCCAGGCUUUCCCAAGACCUGUUGCACCAUCCAGGACAUCCCCCUAAUCAGUAAAUGUGGUUCUUUCCCUCCUGAAAGCUGCCUGUUCAGCCUCAUCGGCAAUGUUGGAGCCUUCAUGGUGGUGAUGGUGUGCCUUCUGCGCUACGCCCAGGUGGUCGAACACAGCCACGGGUGUUGGGUCAACACCGGCGCUCUGGUGUCGGGUUGCACCAACGCAGUGGGUCUGGUCAUGGUGGGCAACUUCCAGGUGGACCACGCCAAGUCUCUGCACUACGUGGGCGCCGGCGUGGCCUUCCCAGCAGGACUUCUGUUCGUCUGCUUGCAGUGUGUGCUCACCUACCGGGUGGCACUGACCGCCCUGGACUACUGGAUGGCACACCUCCGUGUGGCUCUGGCACUCGCAGCCAUGGUCUCCCUCGUCCUCAGCGGCAUCUUCUUCGUGCACGAGAGCUUCACGCUGCAGCACGCCGCCGCCAUCUGCGAGUGGGUCUUCACCGUGGACAUCCUGGUCUUCUACGGGACUUUCACCUACGAGUUCGGCACGGUGACGGGCGAGACCAUGAUGGCGGCCCUGCAGCAGUGCCUCCACCACGGCUCGGGGGUGAUCUUGGGCCCCCGGUCCCGGGACUCGGCGCUGAGCGGCGGCGGCGCCACCAAAGGCCUCAAGUCGCCCGGCGGCAGCAGCACGUCCACACACCUCAACUGCACCCCGGAGAGCAUAGCCAUGUUGUAGCACGACAGGGGACUAACUCUAGGACGCUUUUUUUAUAGAAGUCUUAUAUCAUUGUUUCCUCUGGAGGGGUGUGGGUGUCUUCAACACCAACACCAGUCAAGUACAUGCCAGCUUGUGGGUGUCUUCACCACCAGGAGUCAAGUACAUGCCAGCUUGCAGGUGUGUGGUGUCCUCACCACCAGGACUCAAGUACAUGCCAGCUUGCAGGUGUCCUCACCAUCAGGAGUCAAGUACAUGCCAGCUUGCAGGUGUGUGGUGUCCUCACCACCAGGAGUCAAGUACAUGCCAGCUUGCAGGUGUCCUCACCAUCAGGAGUCAAGUACAUGCCAGCUUGCAGGUGUGUGGUGUCCUCACCACCAGGACUCAAGUACAUGCCAACUUGUGGGUGUGCGGGUGUCCUCACCAUCAGGAGUCAAGUACAUGCCAGCUUGUGGGUGUGCGGGUGUCCUCACCAUCAGGAGUCAAGUACAUGCCAGCUUGUGGGUGUGCGGGUGUCCUCACCAUCAGGAGUCAAGUACAUGCCAGCUUGUGGGUGUGCGGGUGUCCUCACCACCAGGAGUCAAGUACAUGCCAGCUUGCAGGUGUUCUCACCAACACCAGUCAAGUACAUGCCAACUUGCGGGUGUCCUCACCACCAGGAGUGAAGUACAUGCCAGCUUGCAGGUGUCCUCACCAUCAGGAGUGAAGUACAUGCCAGCUUGCAGGUGUCCUCACCACCACCAGGAGUGAAGUACAUGCCAACUUGCAGGUGUCCUCACCACCAGGAGUGAAGUACAUGCCAACUUGCAGGUGUCCUCACCACCAGGAGUGAAGUACAUGCCAACUUGCAGGUGUCCUCACCACCAGGAGUGAAGUACAUGCCAACUUGCAGGUGUCCUCACCACCAGGUGUCAAGUACAUGCCAGCUGACAAGUGACUGCAAUACAAUAUCAUCAUUUCAAAACUAUAAGCUCUUUUCUACAAAUGGCUUUGCUCUCUUACUUUUUCUCUGAGUUCUUUCCAAGCAAAGUGUGACUUGUCUGCUGAUGUUUGCUAGCUGGCCAACUACCUCGACUCAGGAGGUCUUCUUCUUUAUUUCCAUGUGCUAGCAGAUGAUGCUAAACCGAGGUUGAAAAGCUGCCAGCUGUGUUAAAUCCACUUGGAGGCCUUGGUGGAGGUUUUCUUUUUCUACUCUUCAUCACCGAUCAGCGGAUCUGAUAUUUGCACGCCACUUUUUGAAGGACAGAAUAUUCGUCACAGGUGCAGGAUCCUGAAUGUUGAAGACAGGACUGCCUUUUUCUUUUUACUCUUUCUAGAAUCGUGUUUGGUUGUCAUUUCAAAUCGUAGACCAUCCCAAUAUUUGUUUUUGUCACCUGAAUUUCAACAUAAGACUGUUUCCUCUUUUAUCAUUUGGCCCCAAAGUUGUAGAAUUAUUGCCUUUUUAGCUUUGAAUCUACCAAAGAUUCUCCAAUUGUUUGACUUCCUGCCGUUGUUAACCACUCCUGCAUGUCCGUGCUGUCCAGGACUCGGGUCUACAUGGCACGACCUGCUUAGUCAGCAGACUAGGAGUUGAACAUCCAUCCAUUUUAUACCGCUUAUUCCCUUUGGGGUCGUGGGGGGGUGCUGGUGCCUAUCUCAGCUACAAUCGGGCAGAGGGCGGGGUACACCCUGGACAAGAUGCCACCUCAUCACAGGGCCAACACAGAUAGACAGACAACAUUCACACACUAAGGCCAAUUUAGUGUUGCCAAUCAACCUAUCCCCAGGUGCAUGUCUUUGGAGGUGGGAGGGGCCUAUCCCCAGGUGCAUGUCUUUGGAGGUGGGAGGGGCCUAUCCCCAAGGGCAUGUCUUUGGAGGUGGGAGGAAGCCCACGCAUUGACGGGGAGAACAUGCAAACUCCACACAGAAAGAUCCUCAGCCUGGAAUUGAACCCUGACUACUCAGGACCUUGGUAUUGUGAGGCAGACGUGAAGCCCUGAGUUGAGCAUCCAUCCAUCCAUUUUCUACCGCUUAUUCCCUUUUGGGGUCACAGGGGGCACUGGCGCCUAUCUCAGCUACAAUCGGGCGGAAGGCAGGGUACACCCUGGACAAGUCGCCACCUCAUCACAGGGCCAACACAGAUAGACAGACAACAUUCACACACUAGGGACCAUUUAGUGUUGCCAAUCAACCUAUCCCCAGGUGCAUGUCUUUGGAGGUGGGAGGGGCCUAUCCCCAGGUGCAUGUGCAUAUCAUUCAAUAAUAAUUUCCCCUUUAACCAGAAACAUUUGAAAGCUGCUGUCCAGGUAAUGAUUCCGCCUCACAAUGAGUGUCAGAUGUUCUCCAAGUUAAUAAACACAAAGGUUGGUCCGACAUCAUCACACCCUGACAGUAUUUCACUUUUCUAAUGUUUUGUUUUUUUAAAAACAAGAACAGGUCCUUCAAGUAUUGCUCAUGAACAUAUCAAUUUUCCACAGUUUCAUCUCUCUUGUGUUCUGCACCUCUUGCCAAGAAAACUGAUUGUUGAACUUCUGUAUGGACUUGAAGGAUUUGAGCCCCACCCUUGUUGAUGUGCCAGGGAAACCCCAUGUUUGGCUCUCAGCCCCACUUCAACUUUGUGGCAGCAAAGUGUGACACUUCACUGGAAGCAAAGUGUGACACUUCACUGGCAGCUUGGCAGCUUCCAUUUCUUCUUCUGCAUCAAAACAAUCCACCACGGGGCCAAAUUCACACUGGAUUGUUUUACAUUUUUUAUUUGUUGUUUUUUCAGUAGAAAGUACACUUCAGUAAAAAAUUGUUUUGUUUCUCUAUCUUCUGUAAAUAUGUUCGAUUUGUCAUCUAUUGUAGGUAUUUUGAUUUGACAGAGAUUUAUAUUCAAAUAUGAAAUAAAAUCUUAAAUUGAG